GUGCAUUUAUUUUUAAACAGAGUUGAAGUGGUUCUUAGCGGAGAUGGCCACUAGUUGCAAUCAGAACUAUGACCAACGUAGUGUUUAAAUGCUUAAUUGGUAGUAAACAAGGCACAGCGGUUGAGGAGACAUCCAAAAAUGUAGUUAAAGUUUUUUUUGUUGUUUCUUUUUAAACCGGAAGUUACUAUUAGAUUUCGUACAAUACCUGGUUCUUGUUCGAAGCUAUGUUAGCUUUCGAGCUAACCAGACCGAACUGGACUGUUGUUUUCGGAUGGAGAUAUACGCUGUGGAUGACUUGAGAAAACACGCCGGAGAGCAGUAAAGAUGCUCCACUUGCCAUACAGCACCCUGGACCGCGAUCGGCCCCUGGUCCAGCUUCCCUUCACAACCUUUCUCACAGGCUUGGUUCUUCUCCCAGUGACUGGCCUUUUUGUGUCCCUCUUCAUUUCUAUCGUAUACCAUUUUGAAGAAGCCAACUACACGCACUGUCAUGUGUCCAACUACCUCCCAUCAAUCAGCGCCGCCAUCAGCCGCGUGCCGGAGCUGUACAUCUGGCGCUUCUGCAUCGGGUUGCAUUCGGCGCCACGGUUCCUGUUGGCCACCAUCUAUUUCAAUUUCUACCGUGGACGCUUUGCCACCAAGCUUCCGGAGCUGUUCCUGAGUUGGCUAGCGUUUGCAUGCAACCUGGCCGAAAACUGCGCCCUGCUGCUUCUAACUUUUGUGGCGUCCACAGAGAUUUACACUGUCCACAAAGGCGGCUUCCUCACGUUCAUUGUGAGCUCGCAACUCUACAUGCUGAUUACAUGCAGGUUGUGGUAUGUGCUCAAGAGGCAAAAUGUUCACAAAGAGGAGCUGAUUUCGUACAGGUGGAAGUUGCGAUUGCUUCUGUUCAACCUGAGCUGCUGUGGGGCUGCUGCAUACUUCUUUAAACGCCACAACACACACUGCGAGCCUGGAGUCUACACGCUGUUUGCUCUAUUCGAGUACCUGGUGGUGUUAUCCAACAUGGCCUUCCACUCCACGUCAGUCUUCGACUUCGGUAAAGAAUCUGUGAUGGUGACCGUACUGCCUGAAGACAAACAAUACUGAAAACAACAUGACCCACCAAACCGGAAUAUUCCAACGUCAUCUGAAUGUCUUCGUUUAGUUUAGUUCCAUUUAUCUUGCUUUUUUCAGCCAAAUUUUAUUUUUUUUAAAAGUAUUUAUCUCAGCUAAAGCAGGAUACACAUUCCAGCAAUCAUGCCUUAUUUGAGCUUUUCCCCUCCUUUACAGUCAAAGUCAGCAAAGCUCCAUUAUCGGAUGUGUCUGAAUGGUUAUCCUGUGGCGCGGGGCGUCUUAAUGACUGCGUCGCUAGUAAGCUAGGGCCGUCAGUAAUUAAAACGCAAAGAGUUGUUUCCCCACUGAAUCUGAUAUGAAAUGUCACCAUGAAGUAUGUCAUGCCAAGAUAGAAUGUAUUUUGGGUGUGAAAGGGGCAUUCAUUUUCAUUUGUAAAAACGCUGCCAGUAUUUAAUCAGACAAGGUCGUUUUUAUCACAGCAACAAUAUGAGCUAAAUUUGGCGCUAACGUUAGCCAGCCUGCUAAUAUGCUGCUUAAUGACAGUACACCUUCUGAAACACUGUUUGCAAAAGAGUGCUUUUCCAUAGAUAUGCGUUAGAAUUUUUAAAGUAAGAAGUCAGCCAGGUAUAGGUGAGAAAAUGUAAUCCUAGCACUGAUUGUUACAUGAUGUAGACGUUGCUUUUGUUCCUUUGUUGUUUAAUGACUUUGUAUUUUUUUGGCUGACAGCACAAAGAGGGGCAGAUGAGGAUAGAGAGAGAGGAAAAAGAGAGAAAGCAAGAUGAAGCAGGUGAGAACAUGAUCAGGUGAUUAAGGAGACCAUAUGAAUAAGCAUCUUUUGGACCACAUUUAUUGACGUCUCCAAGACUGCACCAUUCAAACUUUAAAAUCUGCUUUGGCCCACUGCACAUGGCCAGGUUAUAGUCUAAGACUACAUUUCAUGUAUUCAGCCCAGAAAUUGGGCCAAUGGGCUUGUUUGCUUUAUGCAUUGUUUUGAAGGUGUGGAACUACUUCCUGACUUUACAUUUGAAUGUAUGUUAAAGAGGGAGAUAGUUGUACGGAGGCAGGGCGAGGGCAAGAACAGGAUGGAGAGGCGAGGGACACGCAGGGUGCAAGACCUGGACUGGAAGAAGCUGGUGAGGAAAAAGGUAUUGCUUAUUUUAGGGGCAAACUAUGUAGAAAAAGCACAUUAUGUCUCCACUGCAUUUCAUGGAUGUUGGUGUUGCUCAGGAAGAAGAGAAGAGCAAGGGAGAGUUUUGAAGGUGAAAGGUAUCAGCAGCCCAGAGAGGUACACAAAGUUUUGGACCGAUUUUUCUGCAUUGUAAAUUUUAUGGAAAUGUAUGUUGAUACAAUAUUGCGCAGUAUGCAUUUAAAUUAGUCCUCACAUUUUUAGCAUUAAUUUCCCACGUUUAUCAUGCAUCGUUUACAUUGAAAAUCAAUGUGUUGAAGCAAAAACAAGAAAGAAUAAAAUACAUUUUUGAGUGAAAAUGA